AGCUGUACUCCGCCACUGGCCAGCUAAAGCACGUAAAAGGAACAGAAACCACCUAUUUGCUUCGACCAGAGGCAAGCAAGACUUAAACUUUGAGAGACUACCACAACAAAUUAAAGAGCAAUGAAGUAGGUGGUAGUUAUCACAUGGAAAAGGAGGGACUGAAAAGAUGCCUAGAUCAUCUGGAGUCAAACAAUUUGGCGGUUGAGUACAUUGUGACUGACCGUCAUCCACAAAUCCAGAAGUUUCUGAGGGAACGCAAGAUAGAACAAUUCUAUGAUGUGUGGCACUUUGAAAAAGGUUUGUCCAAGAAACUUGUGAAACUUUCACAGAACAAGGACUGCAAGUUGUUGAAGAGGUGGCUGCACAGCAUAAAAAACCAUGUAUACUGGAGUGCGACGAGCACAACCUCGGGGCCGGAGAAGGUGGCAAGGUGGACGUCAGUCGUCAACCACCUACAAAACAUUCACGUGCACGACGACCCCCUAUUCCCCAAGUGUGAACAUCCUGAAAGAGCCACAACAGAUGCAAAUAAAGAGAGUUCUCAAAGAUGUGAAAAAGCUAAGCCAUCACUACCAGACCUCAUCGCUGCAGUCCUUCCACAGCUUGAUUCUGCGUUUUGCCCCCAAAAAGGUGGUUUUCCCCUUCAUGGGAAUGUUGUGCAGGUUGUGUCUAGCAGCCAUGCAUCCCAAUGAGAAUGCUGACCGUGAGCAAGCCACAACAGCUGCAGGACUACUUGUGUACAAAUUGGCCUAUCCAAAAGCAAGGAGGGGAGAAUGUACCGCAAAGCCUGUAAAGAAGGACCCUACAUACAUUCAUCCAAAAUGAGCCAGUCAUCAACUGAGGAACCACCUGAGUUGAAUACGUGGACCAAAGAGGACGUCCACCACUGGCUGAUGAAUGUGGUCAAAGUUCCUCCGAGUUGUGCCGAUUCUUUUCUGGAGGAGGAAGUGUGUGGAGAAGUUCUCAAUGAGAUUGAGAAGUCAGAUAUAUUGAAAUUUAAAAUACCACACGGCCCCGCUGUCAAAAUCUCCCAUUAUCUAGAGAGGCUUAAGAAAGGAUCACAACAUGAGUCCCAGUUCCCAGCUGAAGUGGAAAACUGGACAAAGGAGGAAGUGGCUCAGUGGUUAGUGGGGCAUUUGAAGGGCGAUGGCAAAAAGGCUGAACGAUUGCAAGAGCAAGAAGUGUCUGGAGAUUGUCUUGUUUGCUUCGAGGAGCAGGAUUUCCUGCAUCUGGGGCUAAAGAGGGGUCCCGCUAUCAAGAUCCUGAAGGAGCUCAGGCGACUGAGAAAUCAAGAGUCAAUGCCACCAUCCAGAAUCAAAACUUUCUUUAUGGGCAAAAACAAACAAGCAGGCAAGAAUCUGCCAAUGGAGAGAAAGACAACUGAAGUAACAUUUCAGAAUCCAGCCCCGUUGAUCAAGGAUACCCUGGAUGGGCUUUCGACAAAGGAUUUCAACCAUUUUAAAUUUGGUCUGGAGCAUUACACAGACCCUGAGUGCACAGCAAUUCCCCUGUGCAAACUGGAAGGUAAAGACACCAGUGACAUCGCUACAGCAGUGACCAACAACUACGGACCUGACAAGGCUUUACGCGUCACACAACAUGUUCUCCGAGAUAUACAUCGGCGUGAUCUUGCUGACCAACUGCAAAGCCACAUGGGUAAGAAUGUUUCUCCCACUCUCUUCACACAGUCCUGUAGGCGUCUUUCGGUUUUCUAACCCAGUUGAGAUUUAACCACGCCUACUUCCACAUUGACGUAGCUUUGCGCGACUGCAUCACGGAUGGAAAACGAAAACGACAACCCCAUGUUAACAACAUCAAGUAAUAUCAUGUAUACUCUAGUUUGGGUAAAUGGGCCGCUAAAAAUAUGAUCAAUUUAGUAUUUAUUGGACCACAGUUAGUUAAGCACCUCUCUGCACGGUUCCUCUUCCUACUUCCCUUUCGAAUCAUAAAUCUAUCGAUUAGAUUUAUGAUACGAAAAUUAUAAAAGUAGGUAU